AUGGCGGCCGCCGAAGCGCCGCGUGUGAACUCUGUCUACGCCAGUGCAGCGUUCGUCGCUGUGGUCACCUUUAUGUACACGGCUCUGCGUGGACUGUACGUUGAUCCGCUUGUGUCGACCCUGUCAUCGACGAUCGCGUCACGCGAUGGGAAGUCGCUGCAUGACUGGACUCGUGCUACUUCACGCUCUGUUAUGUGGGGCACAUACCGUCCGGGUCUCUAUUUCGGUCUGCGGUCCCGUUCGGUGCCUGAUUUUGUGUCGGCAGGACUAUUAUGGACGUCGCACCUGGACGACGUGUCGCAACUCAGACACGACUGCCGCCAAGAAGACCACUUGCAACGGUACGGGUGGCUCGAGCACGACGGGAGCAGUUACGGGCGGCAGACCGUCGAAGACCAAUUCAAUCGCUUGCACGUCAGCACGAGCUACGUCCGCGUACAGACAGAGGCGGUGCAGGGAUGGGGCGUUCGCGUCGACGCUGCGCCUUUGACGCCGCGGGACGAGAAGCUCCGUCGCCGCCAAGUCCCGAGGCACAAUACGGUAUCGCUUUUUUUCUAUGUAGACCUGAGCUGUGGAGACGAGAGCCUGGACGCGAGCUGUCGCUACAAGCUGCAAGACCUCGUGCAAGUGGCAGCUGCGCCAACGCCGCUGUCGUGUGGCCAGCAGGCGCAAGACGUGCAGUGCGUGCAGAUGGCGUUGGCGAGCGAUGGACUGGAGACAGAGGAGACGAGUGCGGCGGACGAUGCGACUCCGUUGGCGUUCCAGAUGCACGUGCAGCUUAAGACUCGGCCGACUGUGCGUAGCGUGCAGCUGCACUAUGCUGGACUGAAAGACACGAACGUGAUCAAUGUGAAGGAUCGACUCGUGUCACUGGCACAUCGUCCGGGUGAUGAGGGUGAGAAGAAGGAGACUGAGAACUGGCAAGUGGACAAGGAGAUCCAUCUCGACGAUCACAUUGAAGAAGGCAGCACGUUGGUGGUCGUGCAAGCGAUCGUCGACGUGGAUGUUGCCUCAUUUGAAGCGGGAGAUAUCGUGCUAGACGUACUGUUCAAUGAGGCUGCUGUGUCCUUGGCUGGCGCUGAGGUUGCAGCGACUGCCAUUGACAACAUGGUCACCGACAAGCUGGCUGAGUACUCGCAACGCUUUACGGACAAAUUCGAGCAAAGUUUUCGUUUGUCGAGCAAGACGUGGCCGCAAAACGACAACGAAGACGUCGGUGACGCGUCUGCGUUCAAUGAAAGCCUCCUGACGUUUGCCAAGGCAGCUUUUAGUAAUCUGAUUGGUGGCACGGGCUACUUCUACGGCAGUUCGUUGGUGCAACACGACCCGGAAAAGCCGGAGGUUGUCGAGUCUGCUGUAAAGCCGCUGCUUACGGCAGUCCCAUCGCGGUCGUUCUUUCCUCGGGGCUUCGCAUGGGACGAAGGCUUUCACCAAAUUGGAGUGUCCGUGUUUGACGACCGUGUCACGCGUGACGUGAUUGUGCACUGGCUUGAUCUGAUGGAAGAGGACGGCUACAUUGCCCGCGAACAGAUCCUUGGCCAUGACGCUCGUCGUCGCGUGCCGGCGGAGUUCUUGAUCCAGCACGCGGAACACGCGAACCCUCCCACGCUUCUUUUGACUGUAGAAAAAAUGGUGCAGCGCUACUCGAACUCUGGUUUGGACAAGGAGAUGCAGGACUUUGUGCGAACGAUCUUUCCGUUUCUCAAGCGCUGGUACAACUGGUUCUUGACGACGCAGUACGGCCCGCACAGCGAUAGCUUUCGCUGGCGCGGGCGUCGACUGAAUGACGGCAAGCUGAUUUCGAACACGCUGUCUUCGGGCUUGGAUGACUAUCCACGCGCAUCCCUUCCCAGUGAAAACGAAAUGCACGUGGAUUUGCUGUCGUGGGUGAUCCGAGCAAGCCAAAUCAUGGCACACCUUGCAAGCUUGUCUGGCCAGGAUAGCGACGUGCAUUACUUUGAAGCCAACUACGCGCACUUUUAUGCUGGACUGGACAAGCAUCACUGGAAUGAAGAGGCCCAGUCGUACUUCGAUGUCGGUGAGCACAGUGAAGACGGCAUCAUUGAGUACCAGGUUGCUGUGCGGUGCCGCAAUGACCAGGGCGUGGUGGUCGAUGCAACUGCUCCCGUCGCGCGAGUCCAAGCAACGGAAGUGGAGUGUCCAGCGACCCACCCCCACUACAUGUUCCCACUGGGUGACGGUCGCGGCGGGCUGCAAAUGUUGCCUGUCUUCAUGCCUGGCACGACAGAGUUGCAGCACGUGAAGCACGUGGGCUACGUCAGCGUGUUUCCGCUUCUCCUGAAGUUGCUGCCACCGGACUCGCCCAAGUUGCUCGCACUUUUAGAGCAGAUCACGGACCCUGCACAGCUCUGGUCUCCUUUCGGGCUUCGGUCUCUAUCUACGCAGGACCAGUUUUUCGAGCGAGAGAACGCACCUGGAGACAACCCCUACUGGCGAGGAGCUAUCUGGAUGAAUGCCAACUAUUUGGCGCUGGAUGCACUGCAUCACUAUGCGCAGUCGAACACGGGAAGUCCGUACCAACUAGCGUUUCAAAAAGCGUACACUGCGCUGCGUGUGAACGUGAUCGCCAAUAUAUAUCGGGAGUACGAGCGUACGGGAUAUCUAUGGGAACAGUACAGUGGUGACAUUCACGGCGGAGACCGGUACGGCCGCGGACAACGCUGUCAUCCGUUCUCGGGCUGGACGGCACUUGUGGUGAACAUCAUGGCGGAGAUGUACUAG